CAAAUGACCCAAAGUCAAGUCCCCUUUUUACACUACAAGGUGUUUGAGUAAAUUUGAAAAUAAAAUAAAUGUAGAAUUUGUAAUUUUUCAUAUUUUUUAAUGAUAAAGGUGCCAUGAACAGGACAGCUUUGAAGCUCUUUAGCCUUUUUUUUUCAAAUAAAUACCUACCGCACCCCAUCCCUACUGUGCUGUCAUAGCCUUGUGUUUUUUAAUUUUUAAAAUCCACACAUAACCUCAAGAGCAAAACAAACCGAAGGUGAACAAAAAACGUUUAAAAAUCCAAAUCCCGAAUCUGGAAAAUACCGUUUCCCGUAGGUCCGCCUAGCCAAGUCGACGACUGGAUAGUCUAAAAAUACGUAAGACGAUAUGCCACAGUGAAAUGACCGAAUAUAGAAACUCCGAGAGACGUACAGUUCUAAUUAUAAACUCGCACAUCGCCGCACCAGAGUUUUUCAGUUUCUUUUCAAUGUUCCCAUAGUUAAGAUUAAAAAAGACGAUAAACGCGUAAAGUUCGAGUGUAAACAUGGCCGGGGAGGUGUCAGAAGCUGUUCAAAAAUGUUGUAACCUAUUGAAAAAUUCGCCUGGCGAUAAUGAAAAGUUUGCGGCCCUGUUCAUGGUCACCAAAUUGGUCAAUGGAAAACAUGCCACACCGGCUGCAAGAGUUGCUAUUUUCGAAGCCAUAGGCUUCGAUUUUCUUCGCCGACUUCUACUGACUGAAGACGUUCCAGUAGAUUGUCCUCCAUCCAUCUACAAAUCCGUUGCCUUAACUAUACUGACAACGUUUUGCUUGGAAGAACAACUGGCCACCAAAAAAGAUAUGCUCGAUUUAAUUCCAGUGUUUUUGGACAUAGUUAAAUCAGCAGAUGAUAGUGCAAAUGACGACAACCUUAUGGCUAUUGGUGAAGCUUACAAUUGCCUCAAACGCCUUGCCUUGUACGAGCCUGGCCAAAAAACCCUUAUCCAAGCUGGAGCCAUUGAUAUCCUCAGUCAAAUUUACUGUAGUGCAAGUUUCCAGUCUGACGAAGCCUUAAACAUUAUGGGGCUACUUGUAGCUAAAAAGGGAGCCCUCAGUUGGGACCCCAAAGACCCCAAAGCUUUCCACGCUUUAGUGAACAAAAUCGCUCUGGACUUUGAAACGGAUCAGGACAAGAGAAAAUUUGAAUUGGCAGACUGUCUUCACGCAAUUAUUUUCAAUUGUCCCAGAAAAGUUGUUGCUGAAAGUGCAGCUAGUGAAACAUGGCCCCAAAGUAUAUACAAGGGCCUCUGUGAUAUUUUGCAAAGUAAAAUUGGGGCAGCCCAAAGAAAUCCAGCUCUUAUUUUAACUUCUAGUAUGUUGGAACUUUUGGGUGUCGAGUGGAUUUUUACUGAUGAAGCUAAAGGUAAACAAGUUUUCUUGUUGAUGAUUCAAUUAGCCGCAAUCGAAGUCAGAAUGCAACUGGAUGGAAAGUCUUUGAAGGGCACUCAAAGCAAUCAAGCCUUAUUAACUGCUUGCUAUAUAAUUUUGGAAUUGUCUUUGAACUUUAUGGCACAAGAUACAGUUGAUUUGGAUCAAAAAGAACGUCAGAAUAUUUAUACAGCCCUAAAAGGUGCCUUUACUGCAGUAAUAAAUCUGCUAUUGAAAGUGCUUCAGGAUAAAAACAAACCUCAAGGCUUAGACAAAUUGUUUGUUUUUGCAACAAUUAGAGUUCUUGCUUCAUGGCUUGCACAAGAAACCACUGCAAUGCGUCAGCAAGUUUAUCAACUGUUGCCUUUUAUGUUGGAAAUGGCCUUUGAUAGUUUUGCUUCCUAUAAAGCACAGCUUAUAGCUAAAAAAGCUGGACAAGGUGUUGACCAUAAUCCUUUGGGUCAAAUGGAUUUGUUACGAGUACUUUUGCCUGCCCUUUGUCAUUUGGCUGUUGAAGAUGAAUCCAGAGCUAUCAUUCUAAAAGCAAAAGGUGAUGCUAUUUUGGUAGAAUCUCUUGAAUUUCACUGGACUAUAGUCAAUUAUAAAAGACCUCCAGUACCUAAAGCAGAAAGGCUCAAAGCACUUACCCAACCAAAACCAGAUUUAACCCCAGAAAUUCUUGAAGAAAUUAAAGAUUCUAGAUUAGCCAUGAUAAGUAAUUGCAAUGUUUUAAUGAACUUGACUGUAUUAGAAGCCAAAUAUGUCGAAACAAGCCCUAUUUUUAAUAAUUUGCUCAAGUUUAUAUUUGAAACACUUCCAGAAUUAAAAGAUAACUCAGAAAAUUUGGUUUUACAUGGCAACCUAGCUGUUUUAGGUUUACUUUUACUCAAACAACUUUCAAAUAAAGUAAAGAAAAACGAUUUUUCAAUUUGUCGCUUUGUACAAGGCACAAUCAGAUUCUUAUGGGAUGCUUACACAAUAGAUGAAUCAAACGACCCAACUGAACUUGUAGUAGCGAUGGCUUACAAAGAACACUGGAUUGAAAUAAUGGAAUUAUGGUUUUUGGGCAUGCAAACUUUGGCGGGCAUUAUUUCACAGAUUCCUUGGAUCAGCGAGUUCAUUGUGGAAUCCGGCUGGGCCGAAGGCAUAGUGCAAUUGUUGAGGAAAGUUAAAAUCGGCACUCUGCCUCCAAAUGUUAAAUCGGCCUUUGAAGAUUUACUUUGCCAUCUUGUGGACGCCAACGAGAAUGUGAUAGAUGUUUUGAAAAAAGCCGAAGCUUUGAGGGUUUGCCGCAAUCAUAGACUUAUGGAGUUGGGAAAGAAAUUGUUUGGGGAUUAAAUUUUUGUUUUUGUGUUUUAACGUUUUAGUUGCACUCUACAGCUCAAGUUUCAUUGCAUUUUAUUGUUAAUUGCCUCAGAUUGUAAUCUAUUUGAUUUGGAGUGCUGGGUGGGUAAACAUUUUUUUUAUGUGUUUUUUUACUAGGCUUUAAUAAAAAUUAAGUAUUUUUGAGGAAAAACUUGUUUCUUUACUUUGUACCAGCACAACAUUUGUCUUUUGAAAUGUUUCCAACAAUUUGCGUGGUGAUGAUAUUUUUAGAUUUGUUUGCUGUUUACACUUUACAUUGCCUAAUAAUAGAUACCCAUUUAUUUUGGUUGUCUUCUUUUGAAAAUACAUGUACCUACCUAAUUCUGAAAUUGAGGGUAUUUUGGUGGCUAGCAACAUGGGGCCACAUGAUAUUUAACAUGGCAUAGUCCGCAAUUUUGAAAUGUUGUAGUAUGGAAUUUAUGCCUUUUGUGGACUGUGGUAAAUGUAUGUGAAAGAUGCUUUAGAGGGUGAUUUUGUAUAUUAUCGUCAACCUCGCUAAAGUGUACUUUACCGCACUUUCUGACAAAUGAAAAGUAGCCAUUUACCGUGCGGUAAAGUAACUUUAAUGGUAAAGUUACUUUACAGCAUAACUGGUAAAGGACACUUCAGUAUUUAUAAUUAAAAAUCUCAACUCUUUUAUUAAGUAUUAAUUCCAUAAUGCCUUUUAUUGGAGAUGUUGAUAUGCUCAGGUAAAAUUUUGUACUUCUAACACAUGCGGAAAGUGUCUUUACCACCCUUAAGGGCUUGGCCGUAGGGUAUAAUUUUACGCUAUGCGUCUGUUAGGUAAUAGUUAGGCAAUUUUCCUUUUUCGUAACAAAUGCAGAAAGUGCUACUUUACCCCAUGCAACCGCAGUUGACCAACCAACGCGAAGCGGAGUUUGGUCAAGCCGUUGAGGGUGGUAAGGUAAUAGUUAUUUACCUAACAAAUGAG